AAAAUCAAAUUUCAGAGGGAAAUAGCUCUGGAUGAAAACGCAGAUGUCAUGAUUGUAAACACUACAUUGUUAUGAUUUAGUUAUUUUUCAUCUUGACAAUGUGAAGUGUCUUGUUUGUGGUAUAAUCGUAUAUACUCGUACAUCCGUGAUAUACUUUAUAGCUAAUCGUUCUAAUAUGCUAUAUUAAACUUUAAAAAUGCUGCUGAUAAGAUGGACGUCAAUCCUUGUCAUUAUUUUGCAUUCGAAGGAAGCGUCCUUUGGGUUUUAUCUUAGAGACGAAUUACAAUGCGCACCUAUUGACAAGACCAUCCCUGGAACUGCAGUGCCGAACCAUAUUAUGGGUGAACUAUGUUUGAAAUGCUUGUGUAAGGAAAUGGGAUGCCAACAAUUUAUUGGACGAUGCCAUGGUGAUGAUGUACCAGAAAGUCCUAAAAUAUGCGGACCUUAUCGUAUAAUGCCAGACUACUACAUCGAUUGUAGCUACGGUACACGAUUGGGGUAUGAGGCGUGUUCUCAACAACUGACGUGCUCAGAAAGAUGCAUUCAUAGUUACAUGAAGAGAUAUGCAAACCCAUGCGACUCCUCAAGAGACAUAACUUGCGAAGACUAUAUAAGGUAUCAUCUGGGAGGACCCCGAGGUUGUAACAAUACGCAUGAUGACUUCAAUCAAGCUAGAAUUGACUCCGUGCUAAGCUGCGUGGCUGAAGGUGGUCCACCUAUGGUGACUACAACUGAACCUCCCCCACCUAGUACGGAUUGCCCGAAACGAGAAAAUCCAGAAAAUGGUAAAGUGAUGGUGAAAUGCCUGAACGAUGGGUGUAAAUUGAGAUACAAAUGCAACAAAUGUCAUGCUCCCGUUGGAAAACCGACUAAACAAACUUGUAUCAAAGGAGUGGGAUGGUCGGGAGAUCCUGUGACAUGUGAACGUUUAUCAUGCAAACUACUACAACCGACAGGAGCAAAAGAAGCAUUCAUUAUAUCGAUCAACAAUGUACCACACGAAGGGAAUAAAGUCGAGUUUGGAAAAUGCGGGGAUGUAGUGCGAUUUGAUUGCCCGAAAGGACAACAUGUCGUUGAAAACGAUAUCAAUAAAAGGGAAUGUGACAAAAAAGGGAUUUGGAAGCCGAGUGGGAUCCCGUCAUGCACUUCAACGAUCACGAAGUAGAAUGUACCAAUAAUGUUUUGUUUCUUUUUCAAUGAUGUAGUCGAUCAAUAAAUACUGAUAGAAAUUUUUCGUAAUACCGAAUACUUUUUUAGGUUUAAUUAUGGAAUUCUCUGACAAGUUUACUGUCUAGGAUAUUUUAUAGAUAUUUACAUAUAAAAAUAUUUAGAAACUAGACAAGAUCUUUCUGAAACGGUGAAAACAUGAGUUUGCUCAA